CCCGACUCAUCUUUGACAGCAUACAGAGAAGCGAAACCUCAAUAUUGUCGGUCUUCCUGUGAUUGUAGGUUGUAUUUUCCACAUUUGCAGCAUGACAGCGAGCGCUUUAACGCAGUGAUUGUGUAAUAUUUCUGAAGGCUCGAUACGUCGCGAUACGAGAUGGAAACUCUGAUUCCCAUCAUUAACCGACUGCAGGAGGUCUUCCUCACAGUUGGAGCUGAGAUCAUCCAGCUUCCUCAGAUCGUAGUCGUGGGGUCACAGAGUAGUGGGAAGAGCUCAGUGUUGGAGAGUUUGGUCGGACGGGAUUUUCUGCCUCGAGGUUCAGGAAUAGUGACGCGUCGCCCUCUAGUGUUACAGCUGGUGAACGUGCCACCUCUGGAGGAGAGACGGAAACAAGACAAUGGAAAUGGAUCUAAGCAAAACUCUCAAAACAACUAUCCAGGUAUCAAAGCUGAGGAAUGGGGAACUUUCCUUCACUGCAAAAACCAGAUUUUCACAGAUUUUAAUGAAAUUCGGAAAGAGAUCGAGGAGGAAACCGAUCGCAGUACCAAUAAUAAGGGCAUCAGUAAAGAGCCCAUUUACCUGAAGAUCUAUUCCCCGAAUGUACUCAGCCUGACGCUGGUGGACUUGCCUGGCAUCACCAAGGUCCCUGUUGGAGACCAGCCUGAAGACAUCGAGAUUCAAGUCCAAGAGAUGAUCCUGUCCUACAUCUCCAACCCAAACUCCCUCAUCCUGUGCGUGUCUCCUGCAAACUCUGACCUCGCCACAUCAGACGCCCUAAAACUGGCACGAGAGGUGGACGCAGAUGGUCGCAGGACGCUUCUGGUUGUGAGUAAGCUGGAUCUGAUGGACGCGGGGACAGAUGCUCUGGAGGUGCUGCUGGGACGGGUCAUACCAGUCAGACUGGGCAUUAUUGGUGUGGUUAACAGGAGUCAACAUGACUUGAACACUCAGAAGAGUCUCUCUGACUCCUGUAGGGAUGAGCAGGCGUUUCUGCAGCGGCAUUACCCGUCAUUAGCUUCUCGCUGCGGCUCCCGCUAUCUGGCUCGCACCCUGAGCCGCCUGCUCAUGCAUCACAUCAGAGACUGCCUGCCGGAGCUCAAGACCCGUGUCACGGUGCUCACGGCCCAGUAUCAGUCCAGACUCAACAGCUACGGGCAGCCGGUGGAGGACCACAGCGCCACCUUGCUGCAGAUCGUCACCAAGUUCGCCACCGACUACUGCAGCACAAUCGAAGGCACGGCCAGACACAUCCAGACCUCUGAACUGUGCGGAGGAGCUCGCAUGUGUUACAUUUUCCACGAGACGUUUGGAAGAACCCUGCAGUCCAUUGACCCACUUGGAGGACUCACUGAGCUCGAUAUUCUCACAGCUAUUCGAAAUGCUACGGGUCCUCGGCCGGCGCUGUUCGUUCCAGAGGUCAGUUUUGAGCUGCUGGUGAAGAAGCAGAUCAAGAGACUGGAGGAGCCCAGUUUGCGAUGCGUGGAGCUCGUACAUGAAGAGCUUCAGAGGAUCAUCCAGCACUGCUCGUCCUACAGCACACAGGAGCUGUUGAGGUUUCCCAAACUGCACGAUUCAAUAGUGGAGGUGGUCACCGGCUUACUCAGGAAACGCCUGCCUAUUACUAAUGAGAUGGUUCAUAAUCUGGUUGCGAUCGAGUUGGCCUAUAUAAACACCAAACAUCCAGACUUCACUGACGCUGCCCAAGUGUCUGCAUCCGUCAACAGCCAGCAGGCGGAGGCCGGGGAUGGAGGGAAGCGCUGGAAGAAUGAGAAGAUGCCGUCUGAGGAGAAAGGCCCAAUGCCUGGAUUUGGAAGCCCCAGCAAAGCCAUCAACCUGUUGGACACGGCCGUGCCAGUAUCGCGCAAACUGAGCUCUCGAGAGCAGCGGGACUGUGAGGUGAUCCAGAGACUCAUCAAAUGCUACUUUCUGAUCGUGCGCAAGAGCAUUCAGGACAGUGUGCCAAAGACAGUGAUGCAUUUCCUGGUGAAUUUCGUGAAGGAGCAUCUGCAGAGUGAGCUGGUGGGUCAGCUUUACAAACAGCCUCUGCUGCAGGAGUUGCUCAUCGAGUCUCAGGAAACAGCACAGCAGCGCACUGAGGUCGCACACAUGCUGGAGGCCCUCAAGAAAGCCAGUAACAUUAUCUCAGAGAUCCGCGAGACUCAUCUUUGGUAGCCAAACGUUCUCAUCGAACAGUCUGUCCAGGAAAGUGUUUACAUGUUUGUUUGUGCUGUGUGUGUGCGAUUGUGUAUGUGACGAGCGUGUAUGUAAAUGUGAAGAAACACAAUGCCUCCGCCAGCAUGAACACUCAACAAACUCUGUACAGUUUUCCAGAAGCUCCUUAUUUCUACUGCAUAUGCACUGAUUCAAUAACUCUGAGGUCAAACGA